CAAACGUGAAACAUGGCGGCGCCCAGUGAAGGAGCGAGUAGUGUAAAUGCUUGUAACUUAAGACAGAGGCAUGCAAUGUCUGAGGUGCCAAAGUUGGACAGUAACCAGCAGAAAGCAUACAAUAAACAAAGUGAUGAGCGUAAGGAAAGUAAAGAAAAGAAUGAGACCGAGUUACAGUCCCUGAGUGGCAGUUUUUGGCUAACCAGAGUGGUGCUACUACGAUCUUUAGCAUUUAUUUAUUGUGUUGCAUUUUUAGUUGCUUACAAUCAAAAUAAAUCUUUAAUAGGACAAAAUGGACUGCUGCCUUGCAAACUAUAUCUACAGAGUGUCCAGCGCUACUUUAAAGGAAAAAUUGACAUGGAUGCUGUGAGCUACACGCCGACAAUUUUUUGGUUGUUGGAUUGGUCUGACAUGGAUAUGAACUUGGAUUGUGUUGCUUUACUUGGCCUUGGUCUUGCAACCUUUGUGUUUAUUACGGGUUGUGCCAAUAUGAUUAUAAUGACGGUUCUGUGGAUUCUUUACCACUCACUGGUCAAUAUUGGACAAAUCUGGUAUUCCUUUGGAUGGGAAUCUCAACUUCUCGAAACAGGAUUUUUAGGCAUUUUCCUUUGUCCGCUUUGGAGUUUGCGAGCUGUGCCACUUUAUACACCUCCUUCCUAUAUAGUAAUAUGGGCAUACAGAUGGCUCAUCUUCCGUAUAAUGCUUGGAGCGGGUCUUAUUAAAAUUCGAGGAGAUCGCUGCUGGAGAGACCUGACCUGCAUGAACUAUCAUUAUGAGACUCAGCCUGUACCAAAUCCAGUUGCGUACUACAUGCAUCGAUCGCCUUGGUGGUUUCACCAAUUUGAAACCCUUGUCAAUCACUUUGUAGAACUGAUUGUGCCUUUUUUUAUAUUUCUGGGACGUCGCAUGUGCAUUGUUAAUGGAAUUCUACAAAUUCUCUUCCAGGUCCUGUUGAUUAUCAGUGGAAAUCUAAGUUUCUUGAAUUGGCUAACUAUCGUGCCAAGCAUUGCUUGCUUUGAUGAUGCCUUCCUGAAGUUCUUGUUUAGUUCUAAAAUAAAUGGUAUAAAGGACCAGGUACUCAAGACACAAGCUGAAAAGGCAUCUGAAAGGCAGCCUUCUCCUCGAUAUGGUACCUUGGUUCGACGAGUAAUGAACAUUUUUUUGGGACUUCUUAUUAUCUGCCUCAGUAUUCCAGUGGUUUUCAACCUGCUAAGUUCUAAGCAAGUCAUGAACACGUCCUUCAACUCCCUAAGGAUUGUGAAUACAUAUGGAGCUUUUGGAAGUAUUACUAAGCAGAGGACAGAAGUUAUCCUUCAAGGCACAUCAAGCCUUAAUCCCAAUGAUGCUACUACAGUCUGGGAGGAAUAUGACUUUAAAUGUAAACCUGGAAAUUUGACAAGGAGACCGUGUCUUAUCAGCCCCUACCACUACCGCCUAGACUGGCUCAUGUGGUUUGCUGCUUUUCAGACUUAUGAACAGAAUGAGUGGUUGAUACAUCUGGCAGGCAAGAUACUCGCAAAUGACACUCAAGCUUUAUCAUUGAUGGCAUCCAAUCCUUUUGAAGGCAGGCAGCCUCCCCGGUGGAUAAAAGGAGAACAUUACCUGUAUAAAUUCAGCAGACCUUGGGGAAAACAUGCUGCGGAAGGAAAAUGGUGGAUUCGGAAGAGGAUUGGGCCAUAUUUUCCACCAGUAAAUCUCCAGGGACUCAGAAAGUAUUUUGAGACUCGCAACUGGCCUGUCCCAAAUAGCCCACUUAAAUAGACCUUAAGAUGGGCCAAAAAAUUAGUAGUGCCUUUUAAUCAGGGUUUCCACAAUCAGUUCAUUCAUUCUUUCAUUUGAAGAAAGCUUUUACUUUUACUACUUAUGCAAUUUUCUAAUAUUGUUCUUAUAUUUCCUUUAAUUGAUUUUGUAAAGUACUUUUCUAAUAAUUCUGGUGCACAUGCUCUCUAGAGUAAAAAUUAGCAGUAAAAUUGUAAUUUAUUCCAUCUGGUGAAUUCUUGCCUAAGACUGCAUUUGAGGAACGCUGACAUGCAUUUGAAUGCAAAUAACAUAUUACUGUAAAAUAACUCGUAAAACCAUUCCAUAGAUAAGCAACUUUACUGCUUAGAAUAAAUUACUGGAAAAUAAAUUAUGCUUAAGAUUUUCUGGCA